UGACGUAUGUAGACUUCCGCCGCUGUCAAGGGCACUGAAUACUAACGUUAGCCAAAACCUAGAGGUAGCUGUACACACGUGUGUCUUAAAACACCGGUAAAGCUCCAGUUUUUGGAAAGAUUUACGGUAGACAUGGAAGGUUUCGGUUCAGACUUCUCUGCCGGUGGGGCUGGGGGGAAGGUGGACACCGGGACGAUCAUGGAGCAGGUUAAAGUGCAGAUCGCGGUGGCUAACGCUCAGGAGCUGCUGCAGAGGAUGACAGACAAAUGCUUCAAGAAGUGCAUAGGGAAACCUGGGAGUACGCUGGACAACUCUGAGCAGAAAUGCAUUGCCAUGUGCAUGGACCGGUACAUGGAUGCCUGGAACACCGUGUCCCGUACAUACAACUCCAGACUACAGAAGGAAAGAGCACGCAUGUGAACACCUCUCUCUGCACCCAUCCCUUCCUUCCUGCCGCUGCUCACAGUGAGGAGCAGCAGCAGCAGUGUUUUCCACUGGAGGCUGGAGCUGUGCACACUCACAUGUGUUGUGUGUGUGUGUGUGGCUGCAGCAGAACAUCAUCAUCAUCAUCAUCAUCGCAACACCAGACAGACAGGCAGCGGAGCCGGUGGACUCGAGCCUUAACCAAGUCUCUAUGGACAUUUUCCUUUUGCUCAGAGGAACCGUUAUACAGUUUGAGUAAAUGUGUUUUUAUGUUAUGAAUAAUUAAUUAAACAUACAUUGUAAAAAGAUGCAAUCUACCCGUGCAUACUUUAUGUAAUUGAUGAGAAUUGGACACUCUAAAUUGCUUUUUGGAGUGAACAUAAGUGUGAAUGUGUCUCCAAGUACAACCUGUGAUUGUAUGACCACCUGUCUAAAGUGUACCCCAUAUCUUGAGCAAUGCAUGCUGGGAUAUGUUCCAAUAAUGUAUGCAGAUUAGAAAAUAAAUGUUCUGUUUUGCAAUCAGGGCUAAAACUCA